AUGGACCCAGUACUAUCAGAGACGGCACCAGCCCAGAUUGCUGCAGAGGCCAAGCAGCAGAACGGUAUUACAACCACGAAACCACACGAGGAGUACCAGUAUCUCGAUCUGGUGCAGGAGAUUUUGGAGACAGGAGAGCACCGCCCUGACAGAACAGGAACCGGAACAUACAGCAUCUUUGCGCCACGCCCGCUCAAGUUCUCCCUCAACGCCAACGGAUCGCCUAUUCUGCCGCUGCUGACGACGAAGCGCGUAUUCCUCAAGGCUGUCGUGGCGGAACUGCUAUGGUUUAUUGAGGGCAACACUUCGUCGCUGGCACUCUCCGAGGCCGGCGUCAAGAUCUGGGACGGCAACGGGUCGCGCGAGUUCCUCGACGGGGCUGGACUGUCGCACCGCGAGGUCGGCGACCUGGGCCCCGUCUACGGCUUCCAGUGGCGGCACUUUGGCGCCGAGUACAAGGACGCGCGCGCCGACUACACGGGACAGGGCGUUGACCAGCUUGCCGAGGUUAUUCACAAGCUCCGCCACAACCCCUACGACCGCCGCAUUAUCAUGAGCGCCUGGAACCCCGCCGACCUCAAGAAGAUGGCGCUGCCACCGUGCCACAUGUUUGCCCAGUUUUACGUCUCGUACCCGCGGGCGCCCAUCAACGGAACCACUACCAACGGAGAAGAUGCCAAGAAGCCUCGGGGCCAUCUGCACUGCCAAUUGUACCAGCGCUCCUGCGACAUGGGCCUGGGGGUGCCCUUCAAUAUUGCCAGCUACGCCCUGCUGACGCACAUGAUUGCGCACGUCACGGACCUGAUCCCCGGUAGCCUGACGCACGUCAUGGGCGAUGCGCAUGUCUAUGUUGACCACGUGGACGCCCUGCGGGAGCAGAUCACGCGCGAGCCCAGGGAAUUUCCCGGGCUCGAGAUUAAACGGGAACCCGGCGGCAGCAUAGACGGGUGGAAGGCCGAGGACUUUGUUGUCAAGGACUACAACCCGCACAAGACUAUUGCCAUGAAGAUGAGCGUAUAA